CCCCUUAUCGGCGCUGCCACGUUCACAUCCACGUUCGCUCUAACCUGCGUCCGUCUGGUGGUGGCACAAAACCUCGCGCUGAAAGAGAGAUACAGUAUAGCUUUGCAUGAAAGUGGGGUGCUCUCAGGGGGCGGGGUAGCUGUUCAGCGAAUGAAAAGGAGGCCAUCGCUAGACGGCGGCCGCGCCGGUAUGCUAGUUUGCAGCCUUCCGCGUGCACUGCUGCAUUGGGGUUCGAGACGCUCGCAUUGUGGAUGAGGCUAUUGGGACUUAUGCAUGAGGGAGAUCCGAUCUUCGCCGAGAACGAGAAUGCUCUAGUUUUCGUGUAUGCAGAGCUAUGGAGUUGGAGACAUGUGGUGGAUGAGCUGAGCUGGAGGAGGAAUAGUGGAGUGUCUGCUCAUCUAACGGGAGCGGUGCCAAGGGGAAAUCUUCAUACCACGAUUUUCUGGGCAAUACGAAUCAGCGAAGAUGGGACUUUCUACAUCUUUCAGGCAGUACUAUAUCCUCACCUGCCGAACGCUCUUCUCCAUCACCAGCCGGGCACAUGCUCAAUCCCUCUCCCCCACCUUUGGCGGCAGUUGCCCUCCAGCAUGCACAUUGGUCCCUACGCCACCUGUACCUAUCUAUUGGCAACUUGGCCUGCGAUGCCAUUCUCGGCUUCAUGCACGAAAGUGGAAUUCCCCAUGUCUGAUUGGGUUUCCUCUGAAGAUCAAGCGCGAAAACCACUUAAGCAUGACAGGCGUGGCACGCUCACCCCCUAUCUCGGCUGAUUGAAGCUGGCUGAUUGAGCCUGGAACCUGCGGGGUACUACUGAAGCUCCUACCUACAGUAAUUAGUUGAUAUAAGAGCCAGAUCCGGUGUGGGUUUGGCGUUACUGGACUAAGUGUUGAAUUUCGUUCUUGAAUUUGAACUCUCUUCCACCUCCUCCAACCUUGGAAAAAAUAUAUCUUCCAUCCAACU